UUGACAAUUUGUGCACGAUCUUUGUGCUCGGGAGAGUGUUGUUUAUAAUUACGUGGUACGUAAAUAAAAAUUUCUCCAGAUUGCGCUGUGUACCGUCGCGUGCAGGUGUGUAGGGCCAAAGAUCGGGCCAAGUAUAUCCAUCAAUGUACGCCUAACCAACCAACCAACCCACCAACCAACGAACGAACGCAGCAGCUCAUCCGAUCCCAAACCUGCGACCUGCGAUUGUGAAAGGGUCGGAUUGUUUCUGUGUGGUACCGAACAGCGUACGCUCUGGGCCGCAGUGCAUGCUGACGGCGACGACCGCACCAACGCAUCCGCCACACACGGAAAACGCAGACGAAGCACACAACACCACCAUGUCGAAUAAACUGAACAAUCCGAAGCGUCGCGAGGUAACGGGUUCGUCAUCGUCGAACUCCUCCAUAUCUUCGGUCGGGGCUGGGGACAAUGGUAUAUCGGCCGACCUGGCCUCACUAUUCGAGUGUCCCGUGUGCUUCGAUUAUGUGCUGCCCCCGAUACUGCAGUGCCAGAGCGGCCAUCUCGUCUGUACCAGCUGCCGUUCGAAGCUGACGUGCUGUCCCACCUGUCGCGGUUCGCUCGGUAACAUACGCAACCUGGCGAUGGAGAAAGUGGCCUCGAAUGUGAAAUUUCCCUGCAAACACUCCAACCACGGCUGCACCAUUUCACUCGUGUACACCGAGAAGGCGGAACACGAGGAGGCGUGCGAGUUUCGACCGUAUCUGUGUCCCUGUCCCGGUGCAUCCUGUAAGUGGCAGGGCUCGCUUGAUUUCGUGAUGCCCCACCUGAUGAUGUCGCACAAGAGCAUUACCACGCUGCAGGGCGAGGACAUUGUGUUUCUGGCAACCGAUAUCAACCUGCCGGGCGCAGUCGAUUGGGUGAUGAUGCAGUCAUGUUUCGGUCAUCACUUUAUGCUGGUGCUGGAGAAGCAGGAAAAGUACGACGGCCACCAGCAGUUCUACGCCAUCGUGCAACUGAUCGGUUCGCGGAAAGAGGCCGAAAACUUUGCCUACCGAUUGGAGCUGAAUGGUAACCGGCGUCGACUAACGUGGGAAGCGAUGCCGCGGUCCAUCCACGAAGGAGUUGCCAGCGCUAUCCUCAACUCCGACUGUCUCGUGUUCGACACAUCGAUCGCUCAGCUGUUUGCCGACAAUGGUAAUCUGGGUAUCAAUGUUACUAUUUCCGUUGUUUAAACAGUACACCAUGUAAGCGACUGAGAGUAGGGGACCAGACUACGAUAGACAGCCCCGUGUCUAGAACAAUUCUUACCUAUUUUUAAUGGUAGUGUACAUUUUUAAUUUAGUUUAAUUGAUUCCCGUCUUGUUUUAAGCUUCCUGUUCAUUUGCCGUUGGGGGAGAUCACUCGGUCCGUCACUAAGGGUAGAAGGACGUUUCAGGUUUUGCUAAUGUGAUGCGGAGUUACAACUUUUAACUCCGUGGCAGUAAAACGUCGAGCGUUGUAACACACCUCGAAGUAUCGAGCUAAUGGGAGGGAUCGUGUAUAUGCUCUCGAUACCCAGCGGUUUGCAAUGAUUGGAAAUGCUUCUGCUUUUAUUAAUGCUUUUAAUUUUAAUUCAUGCACCUAACUUCAUAUAAUUUAAGAAGGAAGGCAUGGUCCAAACCAAGGGCUACCACGGUAUAACAUCGCCGAAUGAUGUGAGGAUCAGCUCUCGAUUAAUAAUCGUGGUAUAGCAAUAGCCUAUAACUAAUGCCUGUUUGUAUGUUUUGUAUGUUACAAAAAAAAACAACACCGAAUCGUAUGAAUGAGAAAAAGGACGAAUGAAUGAAUGAGUAAAUGAUAUAAUAAAUGAUAUGAAUCAUAAAGUCUGUGACCGCGUGAAAGGUGUGUUUGUGCGCGUGUGAUCGAUCGUGUGGGAAUGUGUGCUGUUAGGGGAAUUAAGAUGAAUGAGUGACCGCAUCAAACGGUCCGACAAUUUGUAAAUGAAACCAUGAUAACGUACCGUAAUAUUGAAUCGGGAUGGAUGCGUGCGACCUUGCCGCGAGGAGGCACCCUUGUCACUUUAACCCUCACCAAUUCACACUCCUUUAAAUUUAGCGUAUGUUAAACACGUUUCUACAUAUAAUAAAACAAAUAGCGAAAUAUGAAAUAGGAGAAGAAGCUGUUCGGAAAGUACCAGUACCAGGAGGGCAGACCUUUACAUGCAGAUGAAGUUGAAAGGCAGCAGUUUUUAAACAGCUUACUGGAUUGUUCCGUUCAAGAUGGCCACUAGAAGCACGUGUACGAAAUGAAUCGCUGUAUCCCACACAGUUUGCCCGCAAAAUGCAAGAGCUUUCGUACACUUCGAAGCGUACACGCGUGUUCAUAGUUCAGAAUUCGAUUUGCUGUAUUUAACUUUAAACAUCUGUAUCGAGUACCAGUUUUUAACGGGCCAUUAGGAUUGCUCAGGGUUCUGCGAGCAAAAAGAAUGAAACGAAACUAUAAAACUGCCAGACAACGCUUGAUGUGGUGACACAUUUUGCGUAGGUAAAACUUUCAAAUGAACGAUGCAAGUAAAUGAUUUGUACAGAAUAGAUCUGAAACCACCUGCCCUUG